AUGGAAGGACAACAACAACAAAUGCACCAAAUGAUCACCGACAUGGGUGAUCAGUUCCAAGCAGCCAUUAGGAACAUUCAAGCUCUGCAGGCAGCCCCUGCAGCCCCUGCAAUCCCUCCCCCUUGUACACACCAGAAUGACACUGAAGGCCGCAUGAUGGAAAGGUUUCUCAAAAUGCUGCCUCUCACUUUUGCUGGGAUCAACAAGGAUACUCUAUUGCCUGUCAAGUGGGUGAAAGAGAUGGAAAAAGCUUUUAAUUUCCUUAGUUGCAAUGAACAGCAGAAGCUUACUUGUGCUGGAUAUAGACUCCAGUAUGAAGCAGAGGCCUGGUGGGAAACCACUAAACCAAUCUUGCAAGCAGCUCACCCAGUUCUAACAUGGGAAAUAUUCAAGCAAGCUUUCUUUGGGAACUACUUCCCUACCAGUGUGAAGAGGAAGAAGGAAGUUGAAUUGGCUGAAUUGACACAAGGACCUAAGUCAGUGCUGGAGUACCAGCAGAAGUUUGAAGAACUGUUCUUCUUUGCUCCUCAUAUGGGCACUGAUGAAGCCAAGGCUCAGAAGUUUGAAGAUGGGUUGAGGCCGCAAAUAGCUUCAAUAAUGGCCACCAUACCAACCCAAGGAUACUCUGAAACUGUGCAAACUGCGAAGAAGGUAGAAGAUAAGCAGAGGGAUGCUUAUCAUGUUGGUCAGUCAACUGGCAAGCGGGCAGCCCCGUAUUAUGAUAGAGGAUUCAGUAAAUUCAGCAAGCCUUCUGGAUCUACUGCAUCACCAUCCUUCCCACAGAGAACUCAGUCCGAAUCGACAGUGUCUGGACUCGUGUAUGCUAAUCCCAACACCAAAGUGACUGAUGUGGUGACUCCAACAUUUGCAUCCACCUUCAAGUGCUUCACAUGUGGGUAA